AUGGGGUGGAAGCCGGCGCAAACAGCGAUCCGCGCGUGGAAGAUCCUGCGCGGCGAUAAGGUGAUGGUGACGGCAGGCAAGGACCGCGGGCAGACGGGCACGGUGACGGCCGUGCUGAGGGAGAAGAACCGCGUCGUCGUGGAGGGGCUGAACCUGGCGAAGAAGCACGUGAAGAAGUCAGCGGACUCGCCCGGAGGAGUGAUCACAGUGGAGGCACCCAUCCACCUCUCCAACCUCUCUUUGCUCGACCCUGAGACUGGUGCGCCAUGCCGGGUGGCCAUCCGCUACACGGAGGAGGGCGCCAAGGUGAGGGUGGCGGCGGGCCGGAGUGCCUCAGGGGCCGUCAUCCCUCGCCCUGAAAUCCUCAAGAACCGCCGCACACCGCUCCCCACCGAAGCCGGUCCCAGAGACACGAGUGCCGAGGCAGCGCAUGCAGUGACGUACGACUACCAGUCAGGGGAGGGCGGGCUGCCCCCUUUAGUGUGGCGCAACGAGCGGUGGGAGGUGGACACAGCCAAGUGGCAAGCCAGGAUCGCUGCUGCUGCCAAGAUGCGCGGGUCGGCAGGGGUGAGGGGCGCUGCUGGCAAGGCUGUGAGCGCGGCGGGGCGCGGUCAUAAGGCUAAGGGGACGGAGAGCUCAGUGAAGGUCUAG